AUGAGACUGCUGAACACUAGAACCGGAGAAAUCAGGGAAUUCUACAGCGAGGACGCUCCAAAGAAGUAUGCCGUGCUAUCUCAUCGAUGGGGCCACCCAAGGCAGGAGGUUUCGUAUCAGGAGUGGGAGCAUAGAUCGUCCCGCAUCGAGGUGAGGUCUCGCCAGGGAUUUCAGAAGAUCGAGAAAUGUUGUAAGCUGGUCAACAGCGAGCAGGAGGGGGAGAAAGAUGAGAACAGUAAAGUGGAAUGGGUUUGGAUAGACACGUGCUGCAUCGACAAGAACAGCAGCCAAGAACUGUCCGAGGCAAUCAACUCGAUGUUUCGUUGGUAUGAAGAGUCCUCGGUUUGCUACGUCCACCUAGACGAUUAUGCAAAAGAUACAUUAGACCUUCAUGCACUUAGAGAGUGCAAAUGGUUCUUACGCGGCUGGACGCUACAAGAGCUGAUUGCUCCACGGGAUGUCAAAAUCUAUAAUAAGGAUUGGUCAUAUCUCGGGGCAAAAAGCGAUACCGAGAUGUGCAAAGCCAUCUCGGAAAUCACCAGCAUCGAUGAGAGCAUUCUUCUCCACAAAGUCAGUCAUGGUUCGGCAAGCAUUGCGAAAAGGAUGUCGUGGGCUUCUAAAAGAGUGACCACACGCACUGAGGAUACAGCUUACUGUCUACUGGGACUGUUCGACAUCAAUUUGCCGCUCCUCUACGGCGAAGGCCCGAAGGCUUUCAAGCGACUGCAAGAGGAGAUUAUGAAAACGUACCCCGAAGAUCAUUCGCUCUAUGCAUGGGGAAUUCCUGUCGAGAAGUUCUCUAAUCAUAUUGAGAAUAUUCAGGAUGAGUUCGACAAGUUCCUGCCUGCAACUUCCGAACCGCUAUACGGGUUGCUGGCUGAAUCACCAAAAGACUUCGAGUUUUCUGGUAAUUUUGCGCCAAUACAUUUCGCGGAGGCUUUUUACGUAGCAGUUGAUCGUGCGCAUAAGAAGGCAGACCCACCUCUCGUUCUCGGCAGUCAGGUGAGAAUUGAACUCCCAUUCUCCAAGUCGAUAUCUUUCCAUUACUCGUUGGGCGAGCCACCAGUCUCCCAAUUGCGCUGGGGGAUCAGUGGGAUGCUCCUCUGUAAUGAUGACCGAGACAAAUCCGCGGGAAUCUCUCUGCCCCUGCUUUUGUGGGGUUCAGGGCAAUACAGCCGAUAUAAAGAGCUGCAGAUUCUUCCGCGUUAUUGGGUCGGCAAAGACUCUCACAAUAUUAAGAGUAACACAUCCACAAUAACCGUUGCUAAGGAGAGGAAGCCUGAACUUGCAUCUGGAGACAUCAUAAUCCGUCGCAUGCAUGACUGCCGGACGUCAAUCGCCAACAAAAACAAAGAAACAAUCUUCAUAAUCACGAAUUCAAGUUUGCCGGUUCAAAGAGACCGGGCCGAAAUCAUCUAUGUUGAGCCAAGUCUCACCGGUAAUUUCUCCGGUAUGAUUUUUUCCGCAAAUUCCAAAGAGCUGGCCUUCGUUAUUGGACGUAUUCAGGAGAAAACAGACGACCAUCCGCAAUUGCAGGUGGGCCUUAUUCCCAAAGCCAAUCCCGGAACCAGUUGCUUCGAAGGAAGGUACAUAUGGAACAGAGUGCUUAGAAACCGCACCGACCAUGUAUCUGUAGACAUAGAUCUGUUUAGUGUGCUCAAGAUCGACUCUGAGCGGCACGAACUACCUGGAGAAGAUGGCGGGUUCAUCAACACAUUGGAUAUUACUAUCCGAGACAGCCUAUCCGCCGUGGAGCAAUGGCACCUGGGGCAGAAUUCUAGCGGAAGCUCAUAUUCUAGUAGUGAUGGCGGCACAGGCGUGAUAAGUGAAGAUAGCUCCGGCGAGGACGAGCAUAGUGACGGCCGAACUCAGUUGGAGAUGAUGGCGGGGGGGCAGAACACAUUAGUCAUCCGUGAGGUAAAAACUAGAACUGAUCCAGCCGAAGUUUUUAACGAUGGAACGACUGAGGAGGAGGUCGCUGAUAAAGCCGCCACAGGUGGAGGUUCAGAUGUCGCAGAAUAA